CGCCUGUUCUCCGCCCUCCUAAGCUCCAGCCUGGCCGGCAAAGGCGCCUCGGUGCGGCAGCCACUCGUCGGCUCGGAGCUGGGCGGCGAAGGUGCGAGCGAUGCUGCGCGGCUGACCCGUGCCGGCCGGGCCCCCUCGCACCAUGCUCCCGGGGUUACCGCCCGCGGGCUGCUGCCUAUGGGCCAGCUGCGCCUGAUCGGCGGCCGUCUCCCAGAUGCUCCCGGCCCCCCUGCCUCGUCGCCGCUGCUCCCGCCGGGACGAAGGAGGUGGUGGCUGCUUCUCCUCUUCAUCAUGCUCGCCUUGUGGCUUUGCAUGGUUUACUCUUGCGUCGCCGGAUCGUGCGCCUCGGCCGCGCCGGGGCUGGUGCUGCUGGGCUCUUCGCCCUCUGCUCGGAAGGCGCCCGGUCCGGAACUCGGCCAGCUGCUGCUACCACCAUCCCGGACGGCCAAGAUCCAGUUGAGAGCGGAUCCGGAGAACGACGAAGACGAAGACGACGAAGAGUUGGGGGGUGGCAGCAACAACAACAACGGAGUGGCCCCGGAUUCCCCCAGCUUCCUUUCCAGUUUCUUGAAUGGCUCUGGGACGAAGCGGCUACCCCAGGCAGUGAUAAUCGGCGUGAAGAAGGGUGGGACUCGGGCGUUGCUCGAGUUCCUGCGGGUCCACCCGGACGUGCGGGCGGUGGGCGCCGAGCCUCACUUUUUUGAUCGCAACUACGAGCGAGGACUCACCUGGUACAGGGAACUGAUGCCAAGAACUCUCGAUGGCCAGAUCACCAUGGAGAAGACGCCCAGCUACUUUGUCACUAAGGAAGCACCAGCUCGAAUCUCCUCGAUGUCAAAGGACACCAAGCUCAUUGUGGUGGUGAGGGACCCGGUCACCCGAGCCAUUUCUGACUACACACAAACCCUUUCCAAGAAGCCAGACAUCCCAUCCUUUGAGAGCUUGACCUUCAAAAACAGGACUACGGGUUUGAUCGAUACCUCCUGGAGUGCCAUCCAGAUUGGCAUUUAUGCCAAGCAUCUAGAAAAUUGGCUCCUGUACUUCCCACUUGGGCAAAUCCUUUUUGUCAGUGGGGAGAGACUAAUCAGUGAUCCAGCAGGUGAGUUGGGCCGUGUCCAGGACUUUCUAGGCCUCAAGAGGAUCAUCACAGACAAACAUUUCUACUUCAACAAAACCAAGGGGUUCCCAUGCCUGAAAAAGGCGGAAGGCAGCAGCAAGCCCCACUGCCUGGGCAAGACGAAAGGACGGACCCACCCCAAUAUUGACCAGAAAGUAGUACAAAGGCUGCGAGAAUUCUAUCGGCCGUUCAACAUGAAGUUUUACCAGAUGACUGGCCACGACUUUGGCUGGGAUUGACGGCACUUCCCAGAGUUGAUGCUAUCUUUCAGCUUCCUUUCCCCCUAUACAUGUAGAUAGGUCUAUAUGUAAAAUGUACAGAAAUCUAUUUUAUAAUAAUUUAUUUUUUAAUUCUUAAGCAAUUAAUUCACUAAGCUGCCUAACCCCACUGUAGCUCAUAGCUGUGUUCUUGUUUAUUUUGGACAUUCCACCGGGCUGAGUCCAGCCAGGUUCUUCAUUGCCUGGCUUCAGCGUGUGCUCAAAAGUGCUUCCAGGUAUUUUCCCAGGAGAACUUUUAAUGUUAAAAAUAAAAAAAGGGGUGGUGGUGGUGAAUGAUAGUUAAGAGGCAAUGAGAAAAGCACAAUCUUUAUUAUUAUAAUUAUUAUUAAUCUUUUUUUUCCGAUACGGGUACUAGGCAUGUCAAAACAAUUUUGUACAAGCCAUUCAUAUUGCAUAUCUGGGCUUUUUUCCUUCCUAGGUCAAUCCACAGAUAUUUGUAUUUUUGUUGAGUUGGAAGUAGCUCCGGAAGUAAAAAAAAAAAAAAUUAAACCUGAGGCAGUUGUUUUCAUGGUUGGGUGUGGCGUAUGCACAGAAGGAAACACUCUACAGCUAUGGAGUUAUUGCUGCCUCUGUUCCCUAUUUUUAUUAAUCAGAUCUCAGCAUUCUCCCUUUCCACAAAACUUUUGCAACACAGUAGACUUUCAUUAUGAUUAUGUACAGCUUAUCUGAUCUUUCACUCUUGGGAUGGGGAACAAUGGAAAUUUUGCCCAGUUUUAACUUCUCCCUGCUGAAGAAAUGUGAAGUGCUUACUUGGGAGACUGGAAAUGACAUAGUAUUUAAUUCUUUCAAGCUUAGUUUCAGGCUGCUGUUACAGAAGUAGAGUGUGAAGCCUCUGUUUGUCUUCUGAAUUCCACUUUGAUUCUUAGACUUCUCACAAUGACUGAUCAUCCUGCAAGUGGUGUCCUAUCCCAUGAAACAAGCUUAUGCCUUUAGCUCAUUGCUAUAUUUAACAAGGCCUUGGCCUGUUUUUAUGGGGCUUCCUUUCCUCCCAAAAAUAGUUUAAAUAUAAACACAAAAACGCAAUACCAUUUGAAAUUAAUUCAGUUUAAUAAAUUUACUAAAUGGUAUACAUCAGAGGUGAGUGAAAAUUUUACAAGCUUGCUGAAAGAGAUGGAUAUUCAGAAAAGUAGUUUAUCCAAACUUCAUAAACAACUCUACAAACCCUUCCAACAGCAUUGUCCUGUGUUAAGUGCCAAGAGUGAGUUUCUUCAGGGUGGCCCCAUCUGUGAGACAAAAUCCAUUGCGGAUUGAGAGGAUUUGUCAUUGCUUGCUCCAUCAGAAGUUUUGUUCUCUAGAGGUACAUUAUAGAAGAGUCAAAAUAAUUUCUUAAAGUUCCCAAGACAAAUGUGAAUCAGAUUGGGUGGGAUUAUCACUUGUAUUAUCUUGAUUGGAUAUAGUGAAUUAAUCAAUGACAAAAUUAAUCUGAGGGAUACUUCAGAGGAAUGCAUGGAUACCCACACCAAUGCAUAUGCAAAUACACCUGUAGACACUGGGUAAGGGCAUAGAUUUUUCUGUAAAUAUUCAUCCUUUACAUUGGGCUUCCUGGUCUUGAGGAAUUUACUAUAUCUUCUGACAGAAUGCAGAUUAUAAGAGGAAAGACAUUUGGAUCAUCUUCUCAUUGGAUGAUGCAGCAUAUAUGGCUACCAAAAUAUACUUCCAUUUAACUCUGAUAUGUAUUUGAUAAACAGAUAACUUUUUCAUAUGGUCAAUCCAAGUAGCAUCCUUUGUUCUGGAACAUUGGAGUGAAUUUUAAUUUCUAGGUCUUAUGUUUUCUCUUUCAAAAUAUUUUGCUUUUGGGGGGAUGGAACUGCUGAGUGUAUGCUUGGACUUUCUUAUCUCUUUUUGGAAUGGGUUAAAGAUACUUUCCUAGUUGCAUAAAGCAUAACAGGUAUGGUAUCCAUAUACCUUGUUUUCUGUGUGUGAGUGUUGUUUGAGUGAUGACAUUGCCAUUAAUUCACUGUUAUAAUAUCGAACUGCUAAUUGUGGCUGAUCAGCCCACUCAAUGGAAACCUUCUGAAGCCAAUUUAUUGAAGAGGCCUUACCUAAAUAUUAAAUAAAGUAGCCAUGAGAGGCAUAUAUCAUAUGAUAUUUGAACUGCAUAGAUAGUAGCCUUCAUAAAUAUUGCCAAUUUUUGUUCCAUUUGCAAGACUUGGAAUCUGGUUACAUGUCUUUUCACCGUAUAACAUUAAUUUAUGGCUGAGUUCCAUUCAGCACUGCAGUAUGUCCUGAUAUUAGCAAUAUUUUUGAGUUUGCUAUAACAUGUUGUGGUUUAGAAUGGUACACUUGUAAAAGGAAACAAAUGACAAGCAAAAACUGUAAAUUGAGUAUUUUGUGGUAUGUACAACACAAAUUAAUUUUACACAGAGGUUUCUAGGAAAAUGGAAUUCUGAUUCAUAUUAUUUGAAGAAAUAAAAUAUAUUUUACCAAAUCA